AUGAGCAGAUUAGGGGCUUCUACGGCGUCAUCCAACAGCGCUGCUGGAGAACAGGUUACUCAAAGGCAGAACAAAGAUUCCACCAUAACCGAAAAUAAGAAGGAUGAGGGAGAAUAUUCGUUUAUAGAUGCUACUUUAAAGCCUGAGAGGAUAUUGCAGAUAGGUAUUCUUGGCCUCAUUACGCAUCUUUCAUAUGACAAGUAUUACAAUAUGGAUUUUGAGCACAUGGAGAUAAUGCAAAUGGGAUUAAUAGCUGCUGCAGCAGUAUUUGUCGGGAUUUACUCAAGUUUUAAGUCAAGUAAAGGUAAUUCCAGUGUAUUACCGGAGUUUAACACCAUUUAUCUCAUUUUCAUACCUUUUAUGAUGUCACUUUUAUUUGAUCAACAGAAUGCCGCAGCUAAUAUUGCACUCGUAACGAAUUGCCUACAAAUGUCGCCAUUCUACGGAAUACCAAUGCAGAUGAUAUUUAUUGCCUUCCAUACUGUCGAUACUACCAUUGAAGAGAAAUAUGGAUAUUUGGGAGCGGUUCCCAUCAAUUAUUUCAUUUAUCGAACUUUGGCCAAAGUUAGCUGUUUGAAAAGUUUAGAUAAAAUCGAUUGCAAUUUGUUCAGUAUACUUUUGACCAAUGUUUUGUACUUGAACACUUCCCAAUCAUUAUACUUCCUAGUCCUGAAGAAGACUUUAACCGCGUUUGUCAUCGUUGUCAUGGUAAAUUCGGCAAUUUCCUUCCUCACUCGCGAUAUGUCCAAUGGUGUUAUCAGGUCAAUGAUUUUGUUCAGUGUUUUCCUCGUUGGAUUCCCACUUGGUGUUGAGAAAUUGUUAGUAAUUGACGAUAAUGAUCCCUUGGGUUGGUUAAUCAAUUACAUUGCCGUUUCCAAAUUGCGCCAGACUAUCUUAUUCACUUGGUUAGGUUCAUUACUUUUCCUAAUCCCCAACAUUUUGACUUUCAAAUCAAGUUUCACUCUGAAUACAUCUAGGAAAGUUUGGCACUUUUUGAUUCUUGUGCUCAUUUCUCAUCCUUUUCGACUAGACCCUGAAUUCGUUAAAAUUUCUUUGUCAGGUACGAUUGUAUUGUUUUUAUGUGUGGAAUACUUGAGAUAUUUGAAAUUAGAACCAUUUGGUGAAUUUUUAGAUUCCAGACUAAGAUCUUUUGCUGAUUUCAGAGAUGAUAAGGGUCCCCUAAUUAUUUCAUACAUUUAUUUGAUUAUAGGUAUCGCAACUCCUCUGCUGAUUAGCGAUUCACCCGUAGGAUUAAUCGGGUUAGGUGUAGGUGAUUCCCUAGCCUCCAUAGUAGGUGGCAAAUGGGGUAAAACAAGUUGGCCAGGAACAGGUAAGACUAUAGAAGGUACUGGUGCCUUCAUUGCCGGUACAUCCUUCGUCUCAUUAAUUUUUAAACAAUACUUGGGUUAUUUCAAAGGAAUUUCUUCUCUAAACUUAAUCCUCAUCUGUGGUUUGAGCGGAGUGUUAGAAGGAAAUAGUUUUUUGAAUGACAAUAUUCUAAUUCCUGCCUUUAUGCUAGUAGCAGAACAAGUAUUAAGCUAG